AUAAGGAUUUAAAUACUGAGAUUAAGAUUAGGAUUUAGGAAAUGCAAAAUUAACAGAAAUAAAUGAUCGAGGAAAAAGAGAGGUGAAUACACAGUCUUAAUGUCAGAUUUUAAUUAUUAUAUUAUUACAUUGUGUUUAUGUUAAUAUGUUUAUUUUUACAUUUAUUCACAAACAUACCCAUUCAUUUUUAGAAGGUCCGUGAAUAGUAUUCAUUCAUUAAAUCUGAGAUAAGCAUCCUCCCGAAACAUGUAGUCCAAGCGAGCUGUUUAUCACCAGAGGGAGACUUUUCCCCUGUAAUGCUGAUGUUGUGCCAUGUGCGUAAUUGCGCACCGAUUCUCUGCUUAAAUCCGCAGCAGUAAUACCGGUGGUGGAUCAGGUCCUUUUUCUCCAGUCUGAUCGUUAAGUUUUGGGUUGAAUGUGAAAAAAAUUACAAAGGUAUGGGAACGGGGUGCAACCGAAAACCUGUAUUUUAAACAUUUGCAAUGUUAAAGUAGUCAGAAUUACUACUGAAAACUGGAAACCCGUCUUUCUCUACAAAUACAAGGCUAUUAAUUCUCACUCUUUCUUCUGUCAAUCUCUCUCUUAUUCUCUCUCUCUCUCUCUCUCUCUCUCUCUCUCUGACACUCAUCAGUUAGUCCUCUCCACCUCACUGGUUGCUUGGAGCUCUCUUCUCUGUACACUUCUGCGGGAUCACUGCACUCUGCACGGCGCCGCUGUACACCCGAAACGCGAGCUCGUCAUGCAGUAAACAGAUAAUCAUGCCGGUUGCACCGUUUAUAUAAUUUAUUUGUUUUUGUUUCCGCCGUAGCAGAUGCGUAAACUCGACGUGGUUUAAACUAAAAGACACUUUCUUGCUGUUGCCGUGAUGUGGGCAACGCCGAGGAGGACGCGGUCGGAGGCGAGCGAGGACGCGGAGAUCGUGGUGAACGUGGGCGGCGCGAGACACGUCCUGUGCGCCAGCGAGCUCGAGCGCUACCCAGCCACGCGCCUCGCGCACCUCGCCGACCGCGCCGCGGAGAGCUCGUGCGAUCUUUCGCGAUUCUGCGACGACUACGACGCGGCGACGCGCGAGUUCUUCUUCGACCGCGACCCGGACGCGUUCAGAUGCAUCGCCGAGGUGUAUCAGUAUGGCGAGGUGCACAUGGCCAGGGGCACGUGCCCGGUACGCUUCAGCAAGGAGAUGGAGUUCUGGGGAGUUGACAUGGACCUGCUCGACGAGUGCUGCAAGAGCAACCUAAAGGAAGCAGAGGACGAGCUGUCUGAGAUUGCUGAGAAGGUCCGCGCCAUUCUGGAUGACAUGGAGGGAAGCCCUUCGAGCGGAAAGUGCAGGGCGUUCCUGUGGAGGCUCAUGGAGAAACCGGAGUCGUCCUGGGGAGCACGCACCAUUGCCCUUCUCUCCUUUCUGUUCGUGCUUCUUUCGUCUGUGGUGAUGUGUGUGGGCACUGUGCCUGAGCUGCAUGAGGAGGAUGAUGAUGGAAAUCGAGUUGAGAAUCCAAGCCUGGAAGCCAUAGAGACAGCCUGCAUCAUUUGGUUCACGGUGGAGUAUGUGCUGCGGUUAGCUGCGGCGCCCAGCAAGUUGCAUUUCGCCAUCUCCUUUAUGAACGUGGUGGACUUUCUGGCUAUUGCGCCUUUCUACCUGCUCCUAGUGCUGUCAUACCUUGGCACUGCCGUGUUGCAGCUGGCCACCGUGCAGCAGGCGGUGCAGGCGCUCCGUGUAAUGCGUGUGGCACGCGUCCUCAAGCUGGCACGCCAUUCCUCAGGCCUGCAGACUCUCACGUACGCACUCAGGAGUAGCUGCAAGGAGCUCGGUCUGCUGCUCAUGUACAUGGGCAUAGGAAUCUUCCUGUUCUCAGCACUCGGCUACACGGUGGAGCAGAGCCACCCGGAGACCAUGUUCACCAGCAUCCCGCAGUCCUUCUGGUGGGCCAUCAUUACCAUGACCACAGUAGGCUAUGGUGAUAUCUACCCCAAGACCACACUGGGGCGGUGCAACGCCGCCGUCAGCUUCCUGUGUGGUGUCAUUGCCAUUGCGCUGCCCAUACACCCCAUCAUCAACAACUUUGUCGUAUUCUACAGCAAGCAGCGUGUUCUUGAAACUGCUGCUAAGCAUGAGAUAGAGCUUAUGGCACUGCGCUCCAAGGAAGGAGAGCCUGUGGAUGCUGGUGGUUUGGAAUUCCAGAAGUCAAGUCGAUUGAUGGGUGAUCGAGUGGCGUGGGACUGUGCCAAUCUUACUUCACAAAGUGAUGGCCACAUUCCAUUACUUGAGGAUGCUGGACAGAGCACACCAUUUCAGAAAUGCAAAAAGAGAGAUGGAUAGUGGAGGGAUACAGUAUUACAUUUUGAGAUUGGAAGAUAUCAGUGCAUUCAUGGAACCUUUGGAGCACAGAGUCUUUUACAAGCUAUUACUGUAAUCACUGCUUGCAUACAAAUAAGGCUGAUUUUUCAUAUACUGAUGAAGCCGAGCCAAACUGCCAGGUGGAAUUUUUUCCACUGAAAAUCUUUAUCAAUCCAGGAUAAAUGUAGUAUUAACAAAUUUGUGGUGUUAAAUACUGUUCAACACAAUAUCAAAUUAAUCUAUGAUAUUCACUGAGCUGUUGCACAACAGAAUUAUUAUGCUUUUAUGCUAAGCUGUGUGAAGAAUAAGACACUUCAAAGUGCAAAACAAUCUAUAAGCGCUUCUGUUGUCAUGAAAAUACUUUUACUUACAGAAGUAUUCACCUGCUUGAGCUUUUUUCCCCCACCUUUUGUAGUGUUACAACCUGGAACUGAAAAUAGCUAAUAAAAAUGAAGGGUGAAGAAAAACCUAUGUAUAGAAAAUCUUUAUUUAAAAAAAAGGUUACUCCUUUGAUUACGUAAGUAUUCCACUAUCCCAGUGAAGUCCAUUUCAGUUCCAGGUUUUAACACUACAAAAUGUGCAAAAGUUUAAAUACUAAUGCAAGGCACUGUAUGUAUAACAGCAGGAUAUUAUAUUUAUAUUAUAUUAUAUUUAUAUGCUACCUCUUUACAUAACUUACUGUAUGUGUUUAGACGUCUACCAGCUUGUGAAUUUCUGAAAAGCAUGUAUGCUUAGACCUAAAUAUUAAACAAAUAGUCAAAAAUGCCUUAAGUAAAGAAUGUUUCGAGGAAUAAGUCUUCUAUUGUUUGAUUUUUUUUCAUGCACUUCAUCAUUGUUGACCCUCCAUUCUCCCUGGGGGAAAAGGCAUUGAUUUUCUAUUCAACCUUUGUUCUCUUUUUGAACUAUAGCUAAGCGCUUUAAUUGUUCUAAUAGUAAUUUAUAGAUGGUAUGAUGCAAUUGGCUAAGAUCUAUCACAAAUAAUAGAAAUCGCUUAAAUGCUGACUGUAUACUGUAUGCGAUUAAAUGCAUCUAAUGCAUGUUCCAGCAAAGCUCUUUGGUGAUGUGAGUCUAAAGGCAGGCUUUUAUGAGCAUUUAAGAUGUGUGACCUCUGUGUGUGUGUGCUGUUUGAGAAAGGAGGUUUAAAUUCUGCAGCAGUGCUUUGAGUGUCUCACUAUGUGAGCCAUUUGUCAUGUACUGUGAGACAAGAGUGGAAGAGGAGGCGUGUGUGGGUUUUGAGUGAAGCAAAAGGCUGGGGUGAUGCAUGUUGGACUAUGUCUAUAUGGUAUGGAUGUGCAAUGAGCAUGAGUGUGUGUACUUCUUUGUGUGUUUGCUUUGUGUGUUCAUGCCUGGAGUCUGAGAUAUGGCACAGAGCUGGCACGUGGGUGGACAGAUGAGCAGACACUCUUAAUAGCCUGCAAUCAGCCCACACCCCUCAGUCUCGUACCACACACACACACACAUUCACGCACUCACCCUUACAACAGACACUGUGCAUGAUUAAAGUAUUAAUUUAGACAUUUGCAUGCACAAGUUUGCUCUCCACAAGUCCUUUCUAGAACUCUUCAUUCAGCUAGACACACAGCAGACCCACAUACUUCAGUAGAUAAAACCCACUGCUCACUUAAAGCCAUGAUCUAAAAGAAGAAUAUGCGUCAUGCAUUGGACACUCAGACCAAAUCUCUUCCUCUGUUUGAAAUACACAUGGAUCAGGAUUGGGUUACACACUAGCUCAAACUCCCCCGACUCUGUUGGUCUCGGUAAAUAGAUCCAGCAUAUGCGGAUUCUGAAUUUUGUAGGAUUUAUGUGAAAUUACAUCUGUCACACAUGUACUAAAUUUCCCUGUCAGAAAAAAAUAAAAUUGUUGAUCUAGAAGUUUCUACAAGUUUUGAAGCUACUAACCACUUCCUCUACACUCUUAAAAAGUGUCUGUACCAUCCAUGGUUAACUGAUCAGAGAGGUUUGUAUAUGAAUGCUUUACUAUAAUGGACGAGACGUAUCCUAUGUUUUCAUGCAAACGCAAAUGACAACGUCUGCAUGUUCCUGUUGUACAUACUCAAUUCAAUUAAAUUUUUUUGUACAGUGUUUUUAACAAUAAACAUUGUCAUGAACAGCUUUAUAGAAAUAUAUAAAUUCUCGAUAUUUUAAAUUUAUAAACUUUUUCC